AUGGCUGCUAACAAUGGACUUCCCCGCAUCCGGGCCUGUCUCUUCGACAUGGACGGCUUGUUGAUCGAUUCGGAAGACAAGUACACGAUGAUCACCAACGAAGUGCUACAGAUGUACGACAAGCCCAAUCUGCCGUGGUCAGUCAAGGCCCAGCUGCAGGGACGCCCACAGCCAGAGGCAAGCAAGAUCUUCCACGACUGGGCGCAACUGCCUAUCACACCCGAAGAAACCGCCACCAAGCAGGCCUCGCUGCAAGCCAAGUACUUCCCGCAGUCGCAGCCACUACCAGGCGUGCAGACACUGCUGUCGACGCUGGUCUCCACGCAGACCACAGACCAGCCAGUGCACCUGGCGCUGGCGACAUCCUCGCACAGCAAAAACUUCAAGCUCAAGACCGACCAUUUGACGGAGCUGUUCGCGGCAUUCCCGCAAGUCCACCGCGUGCUGGGCGACGACCCGCGUAUCGGAAAGGGGCGUGGCAAGCCGCUGCCGGACAUAUACCUGCUGGCAUUGGAGACCAUCAACGCCGACCUGCGCAGCAAGGGCGAGGCGGAAAUCUCGCCGGCCGAGUGUCUGGUCUUCGAGGAUGCCGUGCCCGGAGUCGAGGCUGGUCGUCGCGCUGGAAUGCAGGUUGUUUGGUGUCCGCACCCUGGUCUGCUCGGUGCCUACAAGGACCGCGAGGAGGAGGUGCUUGCUGGGUUGACGGGUGAGCAUAAGGAGGAGGAGAAGACUGCUCCUGAGAAGGAGGCUGAGGAGCUCCAGGCUGUGCGUGUACGGGAUGCUGGCAAGCCUGGGGUCAAGGGAGAUGGAUGGGGUGUACUACUUCCCACGCUGGAGGAUUUUCCUUACAUCAAAUAUGGGAUUCGUGUACUAUAA